ACAUAUUAUCUUCAUAAUGGUAUAUCCUGAGGAACCCUUUUGGGUUUUACCCACGGUAACUGGAUUUUACGAAGAUAGAGAUUAUAGAGUAAAUGUAGUGGAAGCACUUCAAGAAUUUUGGCAAAUGAAACAGUCGCGAGGAGCGGACCUUAAAAACGGCGCACUUGUAAUAUACGAAUCGAUCCCGUCCAAUAGCCAGCCUUAUGUAUGUUUCGUAACACUGCCAGGGGGUAGUUGCUUUGGUAGCUUUCAGAACUGUCCAACAAAGGCGGAAGCAAGACGUAGCUCUGCUAAAAUUGCUUUAAUGAACUCUGUAUUUAAUGAGCAUCCGUCGCGUCGAAUUAGCGACGAGUUUAUUUUGAAGGCAGUACAGGAUGCACGUGCUUCUUUUAAAUCAACACAACAAGGCAAUGAUGGAACAGAGUCUGGCAUUGAAGCGUUCAGGUUUAUGCUGGAAGCAAAUAAGGGAAGAACCAUGUUGGAAUUCCAAGAACUGAUGACUGUAUUCCAACUGCUGCAUUGGAAUGGAUCUUUAAAGGCCAUGCGAGAACGUCAUUGUUCAAGGCAAGAAGUAGUGGCGCACUAUUCGAACCGCAGUUUAGAUGACGAAAUGCGUGCACAGAUGUCGUUAGAUUGGAUAGCUCGUGAACAUGAGAGCCCUGGCGUUAUCAGAAGGGAGUUGCUUUUGGCGGAACGGGAGCUAGAGACUUCUCGCAUGGCUGGUCGAGAAUUACGCUUUCCAAAAGAAAAGAAGGACAUAUUAAUGAUAGCUCAUAAUCAGCUGGGUGGAAGUAAUUUGAACUCGGCGUCUAUUGAUCAUUUAUAAUAAUAAUAAAACAACUUUAUCAUUGCAAA